AUGCGGGCUCCACUGGCACCGUUUACGGUUCCGGAGCACCAUUUUGACCAUGUCAAUGUGGACCUGGUCGGGCCUCUCCCAUCCUCACGCAGCUGCACAUACCUCCUCACGAUAGUCGACAGGACCACCCGCUGGCAGGAGGCAGUACCUCUGACGUCCGCCACCUCCGCAGAGGUGUCGCGCGCGUUCAUUGGUACGUGGGUUGCCCGUUUCGGUACCCCGUUGGACAUAUCAUCCGACCGGGGCUCUCAGUUCACUUCUGAACUCUGGGCCGCUGUGGCCAAGAGCUUGGGAGUGAAACUCCACCACACGACGGCGUAUCACCCCCAGGCCAAUGUGGACAAUAAUGUGAUAUCGGCUGAGGCGGCGUCAUCACCAAGGAAAUAUAACUGUGAUCCUGUUCUAUUUACAUCUGCAAAAAAGUUCCUAUGUGGUAAAAGCUCCCACGUUCAUGUUCCACUUGAACAUUUGCACUUGUCACGCCACAAACUGACUCUGCCGUACCCCCGCAGGACAAUCCGUGAGCACUUGGGGGAGCAAGAGGUCUCCAUCUCGCUCACCGUUGAUUCCCUGGAGGAGAGCGACCUGGGCAACUACACCUGCUACGUGGAGAACGGCAACGGUCGGCGACAUGCCAAUAUCCAACUCGUCAAGAAAGCUGAGCUGAUGUACACAGUGGAACUGGCGGGUGGUCUUGGUGCCAUCCUCAUGCUGCUCAUCUGCCUGGUGACGCUCUACAAGUGCUACAGGAUCCAGUUCAUGCUCUUCUACAGGAACCACUUCGGCAGCGAGGACUUAGACGGAGAUAACAAAGACUACGACGCCUACCUUUCCUACACAAAAGUGGACCCCGACCAGUGGAGUCAGGAGACCCGCGAGGAGGAACGCUUUGCUCUGGAGAUCCUGCCUGACGUGCUGGAGAAGCAUUAUGGGUAUAAACUCUUCAUUCCAGACAGGGACUUGAUCCCCACAGGAAGUUUCACCAGUGAUCAUUUCCAGGAUGACACCAGACUACUUAGAGCUUACAUCGAGGAUGUUGCACGCUGCGUGGACCAGAGCAAGCGCCUCAUCAUUGUGCUGACGCCCAGCUACGUGGUGCGGAGGGGGUGGAGCAUCUUUGAGCUGGAGACGCGUCUGCGCAACAUGCUGGUGACGGGGGAGAUCAAGGUCAUCCUCAUCGAGUGUGCCGAGUUGCGCGGCAUCAUGAACUACCAGGAAGUGGAGGCCCUCAAACACACCAUCAAAAUGCUGACGGUCAUCAAGUGGCGCGGGCCGGCCAGCAACAAGCUGGACUCCAAGUUCUGGAAGCAGCUGCUGUACGAGAUGCCGUUCAAGCGCACCGAGCCCCUGAGCAUCUCCCACGAGCAAGCGCUGGAUGUCAGCGAGCAGGGCCCCUUUGGCGAGCUCCAGGCGGUGUCGGCCAUCUCCAUGGCGGCGGCCACCUCCACCGCCAUGGCGACGGCACACCCGGACUUGCGCUCCACUAUCCACAACUCGUACCACACCCAGAUGAGGCAGAAACACUACUACCGCACUUACGACUACGAGCUGGCACCGGGGGGCACUAUGCCGCACCUGUCCUCCGGCAGAACCCAGCACACGUACUGCAACAUCCCCAUGACGCUCCUGAACGGACAGCGUCCGCAGUCCAAGUCCCCGCGGCAGCAGAGUUUGGAGGAAGGCCACGGCAACAACGCCAUGCUGCCGCUGUUGCCCCGGGAGACCAGCAUAUCUAGCGUCAUCUGGUGACCGAGCGCAGCUCUUGUCGUGUCUUAUCAAAGCGGAAAAAGGAAUAAGAAGCUGCUCCACGCCUGUAAAAAAAAAAAAAGAUGUAAACAUAAGCCAACGCCGGCGAACAUGGCUGGGAAAGUGCCGGAAUACAGGGUCCUGUACAUAGCCUUUGUAAUUCUUUGUAGCAUUUCUUUUUGUCGAUAUCGUUUGGGACUUGGGUUUCUGAAGCAGCGUGUUUGCGUGCCAGUGUGUGUGUGUGUGUGCAUCAAGGGAGGGGUCGGGUCUCCAGGAGCAACGUCUCCGCUGCUGCGCCCACUGAAAAGGACACAAACUCAGGAGUCACACACGCCCCGACGAGUGGGAGCGACACCCGAGAAACACGGUGCUAGGCUACCAUCGCUCUUUCUACGACGAUGACGUGGAACUCGUUGCUUACCUUGACAUACGAUUCUAUCGCAGAAAAAAGCGGACGUAUAUUAUUUUAUGAAAAGAGUCUAUUUUUGUAACAGAGGGUUAUUCGCGGGUGAUGUUAGCAGCGGAAGUCUAGUGAUGAAAUCACGGUAUGUCUUACAUAGCCAGAUGGCCAAUACAGUAUUGAUGUGCAAAAGUCUGAGGACAUCUUAAGAUUUGUUACCAGGAAGUCACAACUGUUAGCAGUGGUGUUGUUAUUUAGCAGGGGUCCAUGGAGGACAGCAACUUCUGGGACUCAUACGGGAAAAAUGCAAUCCAAUGGAGUCUUCAAUAGACCAAAUCGGUUUGGAUAUCACUUUGAUACUUUCUGUAAAGCUGCAACGAUUUAACCUGACUCUCGCCAGACCCUUUAGUUCGCUGAGGUCCACACAAGGGUCUGGGCUCGAAGGCAUUGCAAAGUCCUUCAAGAUAGCAAAAAAUAAUGAGCCAAUCAGGAUCGCCGGACGGGAUUUCAUAGAUGUGACGUAGGGCCGAAGAGACUGUUUGAUUCAAACAACAAUGGUGGCACGCAGCGAGUUGUGUCAUUGUGUCGUGUUCUGAUAUUGAUUCUUCUAUUGCAACUGUUUUGUCGAAUCUAUCGAAUAUUAAUUCUUUAAAAGAUGAUCAGAGAACGGUUUUGAAGGCAUUCUUCGGACCGGGUUUGGAUUUCCCAGCGUCGCUCUCAUCAGCGUCACGGGUUAAUUU